GACAUUGGCCAAUGACCUUGUUCGCAUCCGAGUUUUCUCCUCCGCGCCGACGCAACUCGUCCCAUCCUGGUUGUCUCGGCGAUUUUGCAUUGUCGUCUCUCUCCUGGAACUUCUUGGAAUAUUUUCAUCCAUUCGGCCCGACCAUUUUCCUUUUCUUUUCCUUUUUCUCUGUUUUCGUAAGGAGUUCAUGUCUCUGUCCUCUGUGUAACCCGACCGUUGGGAGAUCUUGAUCUUUGCCAAAUGACAGUCGGGUCGGUGGAAGAUGUCCUCCGAGACUGAGACCAGUUCGAGCUCGGACCCUCCUCCAGAGCGCUGCUGCUCUUCUUCCCCCGGCUCCAGCUUGACUGAGCUGAAGCUGUACCAGGCCUUCAUCUUCUCCGUCCCCAUCGUCUUCACUUUCGUCCUUCUCUUCUCCUUCUACUUGUUCUACCUCCGCCGCCGAAGGGCCGAUUGGGUCUCCCUUCGCAUGCGCGCUUCUCGACCGAUCGAUGGGCAAAACGUUGACGUCCCCAGACCUGAAGUGGGCCUGAGGAAAGAACUGAGAGAGAUGCUUCCCGUCAUUGUGUAUAAAGAGAGCUUCUCGGUCAAUGACUCACAAUGUUCAGUGUGUCUCGGGGACUACGAGGCCGAGGAUAGACUUCAACAAGUACCGGCAUGUGGUCAUACUUUUCACAUGGGUUGCAUUGACCAUUGGCUUGCCACCCACACGACCUGCCCCCUUUGCCGCGUCUCUCUUCUUGCUCCUACAAAUAGGUCCGUUGAGGUCCAAACAGAAGCAGGAUGUGGAUCUUCUGAUCAAGAUGUUCUGCAGGUUUGUGAAGAAACAGAUACUACGCAAUCUCAGCAGGAAAAUGGUGUUCUCAACGAAGAAACAGACUUUCAACUCAUUGUUCUUGAAACUGAACAGCAUCCUUGAAUGGCUCGAGGAUGGUUAACCAUUCCUACGCGGUUCAUCUCCUGCUCUUUUCAUUCAACACUAAAUUUUAUUCAUGAAUCCAAUUUCAAAAAUCAGUUAUUUAGAUGCAUUAGGGCGGAUGUCCAAUGUAGAUUAACUGACAUCCCUGAUUUGAGCAAUAAAUUAGUGUACCUCGGUCAAUCUAGAAUUUCUACUGACUAUGAGAUUCAAUUAGAUUGAGUUGUCUCCUUGCUUCUGUUCUGUCUCUGAAGUACCUCAUGAAGCUUUGUUAAUCGGCUUGUACCGGGAUUAGACCCCUGCACUUGUUGUAUUUCUGACAAUCUAUGACACAUUCUUUGUUCACCGCCCACAUUACCGGCUCCUUUUGUAUCGGUUUGUCGGAGCUUUUAUUUUCCUC